AACAAACAAACAAACAAUAGAAACGGCGGCCGGCUCGCAUUAUUUUCCAUCCGUCCACGAUGUGGUUGAGCCGCCUCUUCUCCUUGGCGUUGAUUGCGUGCGAGCUGUCCGGGAGUGCUGGACACGAGGCCGACGAAGGCUUCUGCACCAAGGAGGAUGACCAGUGCGGCGACAAAACCGAGCCACCGCCGCCUUCGCCAGUUUCAGAGGCGGCCAAAGAUCCGCGAUGGGACAAGUAUCUGCAGCUGAUGGCGGCGGCGCGCGACGCGUACGAGCCGUGUCCUGUUUCGGACAACUGCUCGUCGUGCCACCUGGACGUGGUCAGGGCCGACCUGCUGCCCUUCCGCGACGGAAUCUCCGAAGAAAUGCUCAAGGCUGCCGCCCAAAAGGGAACCAAGUACCAAAUCAUUGGACACAAGGUUUACCGCCAGAAGGAGUGCAUGUUCCCUGGCAGGUGUUCAGGGAUCGAGCAUUACCUUAAAAAGGUGGCGAAGAAAUUGCCCGACCUGGAGAUGGUGGUGAACGUGCGGGACUGGCCGCAGGCGCUGAAACGGUUCGACCGGCUUCCGGUGUUGUCGUUCAGCAAAACGAGCGACUACUGGGACAUCAGCUACCCCGCGUGGGCCUUCUGGGAGGGCGGCCCCGCCAUCCAGCUGUACCCGCGGGGCCUGGGUCGGUGGGGCGAGCUGCGUCGCAGCUUGCAGGACGCCGCCCAGCGCUGGCCCUGGGACGCAAAGCACCGCAGGGCCUUUUUCAGGGGCUCCAGGACCAGCGCCGAGAGGGACGCGCUCGUCCUCCUCUCCAGGGCGCGACCUGACCUCGUCGACGCCGCCUACACCAAGAAUCAGGCCUGGAAAUCGCCGAAGGACACGCUAGGGGCGUCACCUGCUGAGGAAGUGCCGCUGGAGGAGCACUGCAAGUUCCGGUACCUGUUCAACUUGCGGGGCGUGGCUGCUUCGUUUCGGUUUAAACACCUUUUCCUCUGCGGCUCGCUGGUGGUGCACGUGGGCAGCGAGUGGACAGAGUUUUUCUACCACGCCAUGAGGCCGUGGGUGCACUACAUUCCUCUCGACGCGGACGCCUCGCAGGACCAGAUCAGGCAAUUGAUCGAGUUUGCGAUGGAAAACGACGACGCCGUGUGGGAAAUCGCCGAGCAGGGCCGCUUCUUCAUCGAAAAGCAGCUGCGGCCCAAGGACGUGACCUGCUACUGGACGCACCUGCUCAAGAGCUACGCCAAACUGCUCACCUUCCAGCCGCAGCUCGACCCUGAUCUCAUCCUCAUUCCAUGA